AUGGAGAAGAAACGGAUGGUCUGUGAGGAAGGCCCACUGAGGAUAUUCUUUGUGAUUUUCAUCCUGUUUCUGUGUAUGGCAGGAGAUCUGAAACGACUUCCAGGACAACUGCUGCUUCCCAUCCUCUCCUUCCAUCCACUUGCCAACCAUGGGUCAAUCAAAGAUAUCACGUGCAUAUAUUUUAAGGACUGUGCUCCUGUGUUUUACUGUGUGCUAUCAGGUGAAAGCCCAAUCAGUUGGUGGAGACGUCCCUUCUGCCAAUCCAACUGGGUCGAUAUCAGGAAGCGGUACUGCCUCAGCGUUUACCCCCACUGCAAGCGGGUCGCUAUCAGGAACUGGUACUGCCUCAUCAUUUACUCGCACUGCAAGCGGGUCGCUAUCAGGAACUGGUACUGCCUCAUCAUUUACUCGCACUGCAAGCGGAUCGCUAUCAGGAACUGCUGCUCCACUGCCUGCCAGCACUGCAACGGGAGGGGCAGUGGUGCCCGCCAGCACUGCCACAACACCAGCAGUCACAACAGCAGCCCCUGCCACAACCACAACAGCAGCCCCCACCACAACCACCACAGCAGCAACCACAGCAUCCACCACAACUGCACCAGCAACUACUACAACUGCAGCAAGCACCACAACCUCUUCAGACUCAGAGCAUAUAUCAAUGGCUCCCUGGGCCCUCGCCCUGAUCAUUUUGGGCUGCUUGUUUGCAGGAAUGUUGAUCUUUGGAUCACUUUUCCUAGUCUGCUACUGUAUGAAGAAAACCGACCAGCAGCAUGCUAACACAAUGGGAAAUUUUAUGCCACAUGCUAGUCAAAGUGGUAGAUUCUGAGAAGACAAACUUUGGAAAGGAUGUGGCUGGCUUGAAAAGCCUUAACUGGAAACUCCUCAUUGGCUGCUUCCUGAAAAUGUCAUACACUCCGGACAUAUCACUUCUUAUACACAGUACACUUUAGAUUAGUAAUAGUUUGGAACAUGGACCACCUCUCUGAACCUCAAGACAAAGGCACUCUAAUUUGUCAACUUAAUUCAGGCACAAUAGAGUUUCCAAGCUGACCCAAACAUUUGCUACAAGGCCUAGCCUAGCAUCCUGCCUUCUCUCCCAAGGCUAUUUCUCCAUAUACAAGGCACUGGGGUGCAUGUGUGUCAAGCAGUUGUGCCAAGCAACCAGUCUCAGGGGCUUUAGUUGUUUCUAUCACAUCCCAUAUGGACUGAGCUCCGAGCUUCAAGAACACCAUGUAAUGCCCACCUGAUCAAACUGUCAGUUAACUUCAAAGACCAUUCCUGGUCCAGCAUAGCAUCCGAAGCCCACAUUUUAAGCCUACAUUGCUGUGUCUGCCCUGUCUGCGCAGAGAGGAUUGUGCUUGGCUAAGGGCCUACUCUGUUCCCCUGCACUGCUGCCCUUUGGAAGCCAACAUUUUGUAUGUCUUGAACUAGACUACCCACCUCUAGCUCCUCUGCCCCUAAGUUGCUGCUGCUGGUAUUUCACCCUUGCCUAUCCUGAAUUGUUCUAAUCACCUCUUGUCUCAGUAGAUCUGACUAAGGCUCCAUGGAGCAGACAACCAGCACCCUACAGAAUCUAGGUCCCUCAGUGCUUGGGGGCCUGACAUCAUGCUCUGUAAUAGCCCCCUAGCUAUGCCCCUCCUGGGCUACACCCAUGUAGUUGUACAUCCUAGCCAUGUUCCAGCUGUGCCUCAUCCCUUUCCUGAUGUGGGUAAGCAAGCCUCACUGUUGCUUAGCUACAGUUGCCACAUUUCCCGUGACCCAGCCAAAUGACUAACACAAUUUUAUUCCCACAUGAUCUUAUGAAAGUUUAUGAUGGAAUACAAUUUUUGAAAGCCCUUAAGAUGUGACAAAGACUCCUGUUUAUUUUUUGCUGCUUUGGACUGACAUGGUCAGCCUUUUAACAAAAUGGCUGACCAGACUGUACUUCUGAAUGCAGACUGGUUACUACAAAGGUAGCAUCCUUUAGCUAUAGCUGGCCAAAGCGCAGGGUUAUUGUGAUUGGGCUGAAUUCUACCAGGUUUUCUGCUUGAUCUUGCCUGACUCCCGCUCUUAGUGCUGUGUGGCUUUUGUCCAAGGGAGUCUUCUGGUGCCUGGCAUAGCCAUUUUGGAGUUCCAGAAGAGCUCCCCACCCCACGAUCACCAGUGGAAAAACUAGAACAUUCCAACCCAGUAAUCCUGAUGCUUAUUCAGCCAAGGAGUCAUUCUCCCAAGACUCUUUCUGCAAGGAGUGAUAAUUGUUUAGGAACUUUCUGGUAAUAGCACUGGUGUAGAGAAUUCUAUUUUCAUUGUAUUUAAUAGAAAUGAUGGUUACUACAAGUUUUGCUUUGGGAUAUUUGUAACCUCUUCACAGCUGAUCUCUGUAGCUAUAUGAAUUGUCUUGAAUGUCCGCAUGUGCUUUGUUUCCCGGACUUUGUUUUAGUAUUUAUUUUUUUCUUCAUUCAGUGUUAAAUGUAAGAUAUAUUUGAAUAGCUAUUAUAGUCUCCUAAUUAGUAAUUAUGUUUACCAGAAUUGUUUCUGGAUUAUUAUAAUCAAUUAUUUAUCAAUUAAAAUAGUUUUAUUCCA